CACUCAUCGGUGGGCGGGGCCCGUCGUUGCAGCAGCAGCAGCAGCAGCUCACAUAUUUUUAAUUCCCUGACAGCAGGGACGCGUUGGGUAUUAAACAUUUCCAGUAAACACGCGGUUCCUCAGAGCGCGUGCAUGGGGGCAAACAGCUCGAGUCACCUGCCCCGCGAGGACGGGGACGGCGGGGGAGUGACGUUUGUGAAGGGCAUUCGGCUGUCGGAUAAAGUGAUCCACCGGAUGAAGGAGUCUUCAAGCGUCUCACAGAAGAGACGUUCACCUGAAACCCAAACGCCUGCGCCUCCCCCCUCUGCUGAUCACCUGAUACCUCGCCUGGCGCCUCCACCUCCGUCAGCGGAACCUCCUCCUCCUGUGAAACUUUUCCCUCCUCCCCCUGUAAAGUUUCACUCUCUACCCCCAACUUCUGUGGAGCCUCCACCUGUUGAGCCAAAAACUCCCCCUCUAAUUGAGCCCGUUGUCUCUCCUCCUCCUCCUCCUCCACAAGAAGCCCCGCCCACACUCCCAUCAGUGGAACCUCCUCCUCCUGCAAAGGUUCACUCCCUCCCUCCUGUGGGGGAGCCUGACGACCCGCCAAAAACUGCAUCUCUCACCAUCCCCGUUGUAGCUGCCCCUCCUCCACCCUCAUCUGCACCUUCUCCGCAAGUAGAAGCACCUGUGGAGCUUGAAUUGCCUCCUCCUCCUCCACCAGCAGCAGCAGCACAGGAGCCAGUAGUCCUGCGUCCUGCUGACUCCUUCACCCCACAUCAUGUAGAGCCACAGCUCCAGUCUCCUUCGGCGAUAAGAGAACACGUCUUCGAACCUGUUCUUGUACCUCCACCCGUGGAAUCGUCUGUAGCUCCACCUGUGGCUCCACCUGAGCCUUUAACUCCACUGCUGCCCUCUGAAACAUUUCCAACUACUAUUGAACCCGCUGCUGUAACUCCCUCUGUUGAAACAGUUCAACCUCCACCCUGCGUUCUAUUUACACCCGUUGAACCGACAGCACCACCCGGUCUCGUCGAUUCAGCUCUAGUUUUACCGCCGCCAGAGACGACUCGUGUUGAACCUUCAGUCCGACCUGCUGCAGUUGAAGGAGAAGUGCCUUCCCUCCUGGUUUUAGUUGUAGAUCCAACGCUUCCAUGUGAAAGGGUUGCUCCUCCUCCUCCUGAGCCGGUGGCAGCAGCCUCUCCUCCUCCUCCUGAGCCGGUGGCAGCACCCUCUCCUCCUUCUCCUGAGCCGGUGGCAGCAGCCUCUCCUCCUCCUCCUGAGCCGGUGGCAGCACCCUCUCCUCCUUCUCCUGAGCCGGUGGCAGCAGCCUCUCCUCCUCCUCCUGAGCCGGUGGCAGCACCCUCUCCUCCUUCUCCUGAGCCGGUGGCAGCAGCCUCUCCUCCUCCUCCUGAGCCGGUGGCAGCACCCUCUCCUCCUUCUCCUGAGCCGGUGGCAGCAGCCUCUCCUCCUCCUCCUGAGCCGGUGGCACCACCCUCUUCUCUUCCUCUUCCUGCGCCGGUGGCAGCACCUUCUUCUCCUCCUCUUGAGCCGGUGGCAGCAACUUGUUCUUCUCCUCCUCCUGAGCAGGUGGCAGCACCUUCUCCUCCUCCAGAGCUCAUUUUUGAAGAGCCCCCACCCCCCUGUCACUGUGUGGAGCUGGCCAUCAUAUCCACGGAUGCACCUGUAAGUGAACGCCUCGUCGAGUCUCCGGCACCGCCUCCACCCUCUCCGGCUACUCCUGCCGUGGAGCCCCCCGUGACCCCGCCCUUCCCCCCCGUUGUUGAAGAUGAAGCUUCUGCCUCCGGAGCGCCACCUGCAGCAGCCGCUCGCGUUCCCCCACCUGACGUGGCGGAGGAAGAGCUGAGGCGGAAGAUCACGGAGGAGAUGCGGAUGAGCCUGGAGGAGGAGAUCCACCAGAGGAGGCAGGAGCUGCAGCGACAGCUGGAGGAGACGAGGACUCGGGCGCGGGCGGAGGCCCGGGCAGCCGCUCAGGCUCAGGUGGAGGAGCAGGUGAGGAAGACGCUGGGGGCGGAGAAGGCGGCGUACGCCGAGAGCCUGAAGGACGCCAUCGCGGAGGAGCGCGCGAGGACCGAAGACGAGCGGCUGAUGGUGCAGCUUUACCGGAUGGAGCUGAAGGCUCAUCAGCUGGAGCGGAAGGAGGAGGAGUUAAAGAAACGAGACGCUCUCUACAAGGAUCACAUCGCUAAACUCGAGGCAAAGUGCACCGAGUUUUACAAAGUGACCGCUGAGAGCUUCAAAAAGGGCAAAGAGGAGACCCACAACCGCUUUGCGCGCUUUGACGUGCGGCCGGUGUGCGGUGACCUGCAGAGUCAGAUUUUGAAAUGCUACAAGGACAACGCGGGGAAGACUCUGACGUGCUCGCGCAUCGCCUCGGCCUACAUGCAGUGCGUGGACAACGCCAAGAAGAAUAAGUUGAGCCCCGGAGGUUAAUAACGUGGACCACUUGGUGAGGACGGAAGCUUCACUGCUGCAGCGACCAAAGGUGGACCGACAGAAUUCAACAAGUAGAUCCGGCUUUUCCUGGGGAAAAGUGGCACAUCCCUACACCAUAGUGAGCGGUUCUGGUCGCGGUAAUGUUAUAUUUUCAAUCACUUUUGGUCUCGGGAUUCAUCUUAAGAACCAAUUAUGCCAGAAAAAAGAAAUAUAUCUAUAUAUACAAAAUAUACAGUACAUUCAUACAUAAACUGAAUGAAAUCAAUAUGUUUGUGUGCCUUGAAGUUCUAAAAGCUAAUAAUCUGAUGCAUUAAAGAACUUUUUAAAGAGCAGAAUGUGAAGUGACAAACACCUGCAUGAGGUUAUUGGUUCUGUAAAUAAGGAUUUUCAGGUUGUCUUUUUUUCUGGUGCAUGCUAAAGAAAAAAUCUAAAUCUAAAUAAACUUUGUUGUAGAAUCCCAUAAUGGCUGAUGUUGUCUAGCUAAUUGUGGUCACACUCUUGUGUCAUUUGCAAACUAACAACUUUUUAAAGUUUCUGGAAUGCUAGACGUCCUACACAGGCUUUGCUCAAGUACCCUUAAGCAAAGCAUGUAUAGGACAUGCUUGGACAUGCAGUUUUUGUAUUUUGAUAUCAUAAUAAAGAACUUAUUAGUGAG